GCAGGCUGCGCAGCCAGGUACCUGGGGCGCGCCCCGCCGGCCCCUCCCGCCCGGCACUCGGAGCAGGAGCCGCCUGGCGCGCGCCCUGCCCACCUGGCCGCCCACCUGGUGGGGCCGGAGCGCUGCCGCCUCCUGCAGGGCCGCACAGGAAGUGGGGGGGCGGGGACAGGGAGGGACCGAGCGGCCGGGACAGAGCUCGGGGCCUGCAGAGCCUGGAGGUGGACCGGCCCCCGUCGGCCGCCGAGCUCGUAGCUCCGUCCUCCGCCCCACGGCGCAGGUCCCCGCGGCCACUCAGCAUGUCCCAGCAGCACUCGGACAGCUCCUUGGAGGAGAAGCUCCUGGAACACCGCUUCCACUCGGAGCUGCAACUCGACACCGAGGGAAACCCAGCGUCCCGGCUCCCGAUGGUCCGGGGCCCCCUGCAAAGCAGGAGCAAUGCCGCCUUCCAGCCCGACACCCCGGUGCCCCCGUCGCCGUCCCCUGAGGCCCAGGAGCCCAGGACCAUCGUCCUGAGCACGCAGAGCCCGGCAGCCCUCAAGAUGGGCACUCAGCAGCUGAUCCCCCGGAGCCUGGCUGUGUCCAGCAAGGCUAAGACCCCGGCCCGCCAUCAGAGCUUUGGGGCGGCCAUGCUCAGCAAAGAGGCUGCCCGGCGGGACCCCCGGCUCCUCCCGGCCCCCAGCUUCUCCCUGGACGACAUGGACGUGGACACGGGUCCUGGGGGGAUGCUGAGACGAAAUCUGAGGAACCAAUCCUACCGGGCGGCCAUGAAGGGGCUGGGGACCCCCAGCGGUGAGGGCGGCCCCGUCCAGCUCAGCCCCAAGAUCCCGGCCCUGGCCGAGGAGCCCAGUCAGCCUCCUGCUCGGUCCACGGCCAGAAAUAAGAAGACGCUGGGGCGGAAACGCGCACACAAGGGCUCCUUCAAGGACGAUCCCCGGUUCUACCAGGAGAUCCGGGAGCGAGGCCUGAACACCAUCCACGAAUCCGACGAUGACUUACUCGAUGAGUCCUCCAGCCCUGAGGAGACCCAAAAGGCGGAUGCCCGCAUCGUAGUCAAGAGCUACCGGCCCCCCCAGGUCACCUGGAGUCAGCUCCCAGAGGUGGUGGAGUCGGGCAUCCUGGACAAGCUGCCCGCCGAGGAGCACGAGAGGCAGGAGGCCAUCUUCGAGAUCCUCAUAUCCGAGUUCUCGUACCAGCACAGCCUCGGCAUCCUGGUGGCCGAGUUCCUGCAGUCCCGGGAGCUGCGGGCGACCAUGACCCAGACAGAGCACCAUCACCUCUUCUCCAACAUCACCGACGUGCUGAGCGCCAGCCAGAGGUUCUUCGAGGACCUGGAGAAGCGGCACAGGGCGCAGGUGUGCGUGGAGGACGUCAGUGACAUCCUGGAGGAGCACGCCGAGCGGCACUUCCACCCCUACGUCUCCUACUGCUCCAACGAGGUCUACCAGCAGCGCGCCCUGCAGCAGCUGACAAGCAGCAGCGCUGCCUUCCGAGAGGCCCUGAGGGAGAUCGAGCAACGGCCCGCGUGCGGGGGUCUGCCCAUGAUCUCCUUCCUGAUCCUGCCCAUGCAGAGGGUGACCCGGCUGCCCCUCCUGACGGACACACUCUGCCUCAAGACUCAGGGCCACCCCGAGAGAUACAAGGCCGCCAGCCGUGCACUCAAGGCCAUCAGCAAGCUGGUGAAGCAGUGCAACGAGGGGGCCCACCGGAUGGAGCGCAUGGAGCAGAUGUACACGCUGCACACACAGCUGGACUUCAGCAAGGUCAAGUCCCUGCCGCUGAUCUCUGCUUCCCGCUGGCUGCUGAAGCGUGGGGAGCUCUUUGUGGUGGAAGAAACCGGGCUUUUCCGAAAACUCUCCAGCCGGCCCACAUGCUACCUGUUCCUGUUCAACGACGUCCUCGUGGUCACCAAGAAGAAGAGUGAGGACAGCUUCCUGGUCCAGGACUACGCCCAGCUGGACCACAUCCAGGUCCAGAAGAUGGAGCCCUCGGAGGCCUCUCUGCCGGGGGGCGGCAACCGCAGCUCCUUCGUACCGCACACCUUCCAGCUGACCCUGCUGCACAACAGUGAGGGCCGCCAGGAGAAGAUCCUGCUAUCCUCCGACUCAGCGAGUGACCGCGCGCGGUGGAUCACAGCACUCACGCGCUGGGAGAGGCAGCAGCCAGACCCCACUAACAAAGGAGACCUGCUCCAGGUGGAGAUCACCAAGGCCUACUUGGCCAAGCAGGCGGACGAGAUCACACUGCAGCAGGCAGAUGUGGUCCUGGUCCUGGAGCAAGAGGACGGAUGGCUCUAUGGCGAGAGGCUGCGGGAUGGAGAGACGGGCUGGUUCCCUGAGGACUUAGCCCGGAGCAUCACGAGCCGCGUGGCCGUGGAGGGCAACAUGCGCAGGAUGGAGCGGCUGCGGGUGGAGACGGACGUGUAGCCGGACCUGCCGGCACCUCGCCGGGCCAGGCUGCGGCCGUGCAGCGUUGGUCCACACUCCAGCAAGUGGAGUCCAUCCCCAGCGAGCGCAGAGGGCUUGCCCCCAGGGCCUGAAAGCUCCCUGGCCUCCCGAGGCCCCAUGGGCUGCAGCGCAGGCUCCGGACACUUCCAAGGAGGAAGGCCAUACGCCCUCAGGAGGGGCAUCCUCCCGGCAAGCUCAGGAGCCGUGCCAGCCCCGACCCCAGGCUGCAUCCCUGGGAGGAGCCCAGCCAGGCCUGCUUGCUGGCCACGCCGUCCCCCAGCUCCUGGCUGCCCCGCCCUGCUCCCUGUGCACCCACAGGGCAGUUAUGCCAUGGGCGAGUGAUCGAGGCGGAUGGCCCUGAGAAGAGCAUGGGUGACCUGGAGGGCUCGCCCUCCUGCACCCCUCCUGCCCCAGCCUUGAGUACCCAGGGCUGCCCCACGUUCCCAGAGGAGGACCAGCUGCCGGCAGGUGACCCUGCAGAGCCAGCAGUGGAAUUGUGACUUUGAGACAUUAAAGUACUUCUUUAACACCUG